AUGCCUGUUUGUGCUGGACUCUAUUUGUUAAGAAAAUGGAAUCGAGGUGGUCAAUUCACAGAGAAUGUAUCAGCUAUUGGAAAAGUUGCUGUGGUGACUGGGGGAAACUCAGGAGUGGGGAAAGCUUUGUGUGAGCUCUUGAAUAAAAGAGGAGCCAAGGUCUACAUGUUGUGCAGAGACGAGAAACGAGCGGCUCAAGCUAAAGCGAAACUUGUCGAGAAUGGUUGUGAUCCUCAGCGUCUCAUCAUUCGAAAAGGCAACCUCGACGAUUUUUCAUCAAUUCAAGCAGUUGCUAAAACUUUGCUCGCUGAAGAAUCCCGAAUCGAUAUCUUAAUCAACAAUGCUGGUGUUCUUGGCAUUCCGUCAUUCGAGAAAACGGUUGAUGGAUUUGAGAGAACAUGGCAAAGCAAUCAUUUGGGUCACUUCCUAUUGACCGAGCUGCUUCUCAAAUCGAUCAAGAGAUCAUCAGAUCCACGAAUCGUCAAUGUGAGCAGUGAGAUUCACUCAAAGGGUGACACAAUCGAUCUCGAUUUUGUGAACGAUGCCAAGAAUUAUGCUCGGAUGAUGAUCUAUGCUCGAUCGAAAUUGGCUAAUGUAAUGUAUUCUCGUGAGCUAUCCCAUCGCCAUCCCCGUAUUCUCUCCUCGUCUUGCCACCCCGGAAAUAUCAACACGAAUAUUCUUGCCACGAGUGGACUGAUCAUUCUCAAGCAAAUCUUCGCCCCAAUCUUCUGGUUCUGCUUCAAGACGGAAAUGGACGGGGCACAGACGGCCCUUUAUCUGGCGUUGAGUCAACGAUUGCCUGGAAAUGGACUGUAUUAUAGCGAUUGUGUCGUGGUUGAAGAGGCAGCAAUUGCGCGUGAUCGAAAAGAAUGCGAGAAGUUGUACGAGCAAAGCUUGAAUGCUGUUAAAGAAUAUUUA